UCGUUAUGAAAUCGGUGAUGUAUGUGUUGUAAACAGGUUACUUUGGGGUUGUAUCCCCUGAAACAAACACGUGUUUGAUCAGACCCUUCCUAACAAACCCUUCCGGACAGGAGUUAUGAGGUAUUUACGGUUAUACUCCGAGGAAUCAACACCCCCAGAGGAAUGAUCGUUUCACAUUUCGAUGCUAGCAUACUUUAGCACGUUGAAAGUUACCUAAGCUAAUCAUCAAGGUACAGGACAUUUGUCAUUGAUUGUACUACUACUAGCACAUAGACGAAAUGAGUGGGCAGAGUUCUCCAGCUGUCAGUGAUGGUGGUAUUACUCCCCUCCAGCAGAUGGUGGCUUCUGGCUCUGGAGCCAUCCUGACCUCGCUGUUCGUCACUCCUUUGGAUGUUGUGAAAAUAAGGCUGCAAGCACAGAAAAGCCCCUUCCCCAAAGGCAAAUGUUUCGUUUACUGCAAUGGACUGAUGGACCACAUAUGUGUGUGUGAAAAUGGCAAUUCAAAGGCCUGGUACAAAGCCUCAGGGGAAUUUACCGGCACCCUGGACGCUUUCAUCAAGAUCGUACGCCGUGAGGGAAUUCGGUCACUGUGGAGUGGACUCCCUCCAACACUUGUGAUGGCGGUUCCUGCCACAGUGAUCUAUUUCACGUGUUACGACCAGCUGUGCACAGCACUGAGGCUCAGGAUGGGGGAGUACGCUCAGGAGGCUCCCCUCCUGGCAGGAGCUACUGCUAGAGUGGGGUCUGCAACGGUGAUCAGCCCCCUGGAGCUCAUCCGCACCAAGCUGCAGUCCCAGAAACAGUCGUACAGAGAGCUUACCGCCUGCAUCCGCUCAGCGGUGGAGACGGAGGGCUGGCUGUCUCUGUGGAGGGGUUUGGGCCCCACUCUGCUUCGGGAUGUGCCCUUCUCAGCAAUGUACUGGUACAACUAUGAGAGGGGCAAGAGCUUUCUGGCUGAGUGGUACAAAACCGGGGAGCCCACUCUCACCAUCACCUUCAUGGCCGGAGCUGCGUCAGGUUCUGUUGCUUCCAUUGUCACGUCACCUUUUGAUGUCGUGAAAACAAGACGGCAGGUGGAGCUCGGGGAGCUACAAGCCAAAAACUUGUCCUGCAAAACGUCAGCCUCCACCUUCUGCGUGAUGUGCAGGAUUGUGGCAGAGGACGGCUUUCGUGGGCUGUUUGUAGGUUUGAUCCCCAGGCUGAUCAAAGUAGCCCCCGCCUGCGCCAUCAUGAUCAGCACGUACGAAUUUGGGAAGGCUUUUUUCCGCAAGCACAAUCAAGAAAGACCACUGCGGCCGCUCUACAGCAGUAACACAUGAUGGCUCUUAUUGUUGAGAAAAAAAUCACUUUAUAUAAAUAUUUAAUGUAGUCAUUUAUAAAUGAGUUCUAAAUUCAAUAAUGUCUAACAUUAAAUGCACGAACAACAAAUAUUAUGCUUCCAUUCAAAAGCGAAAUUCUGAUUUUGGCCGCCAGAUGGCAGUAAACAUUUUUGACCUGCAUCAGAUGGCUGCUCCUCUGAUCACAUGCACCGUGCCAAACAAUAAGUGAUAGAUGCAAAACUUUAUUUUUCUUUUAUGUUGCCUCUGCACAGAGUCUCCAUAUUGGAGCAGCCGUGCUACAGUGUUGCAUAACAUAAUAUGCAGUAAAGGUCGAGUUGAGAAACUCAAACGGAGCCAAUGAAGAGUUCAGAUUGACGGGCAUUUUUUGACUUCAUCUGACCCUUUUUUUUAAUUUCUUCUUUUAUUGGUCCUUGAAGGUUUUCCACUGCUUCUGUUCAUCAGUCAAUCAAAUGUCCCAAACCCUCAAUAUCAAACCAAGUGAAGUUUAUUUUAAAUAAAACUUUUAAAGAAAAUAAAGAUCAGAGAAAACAUCUGUUGUGCAAA